AUGUCGACACUUGAAUGCCUGCUCCACCCUCACCACAUUUCGCUGGUUGACACUCACUCUCUGCGUGCCAAGCUCAACCAUAAGGGUGACGCAUACUACAACGUGGACGGGUUGCCCUCACAUCGCGGGGUGCUGGCACCAAAGUUUGACGUUUUCGAAUUGGAUGGGGGCGCCACAGGGUGGCUGCUGGCCGGCAACCUGCCGGGAAUUGAGUCUGCCGAUGAAAUAAAGAUCGAAUGGCUGGAUGGUAGCACCAUCUUCCUUCGUGGAACACUGGCGACGUCGUCAAUACCGACUUUUGGUGAGACUGUAAGCAGGAUCAUGAAAACGGUUCACAAAGAGAGACAUGAAGGGCUCUUUGAGCGUUCCGUCACGUUGCCUGCAAAGGCCGACGCCAACGGGACCAAGGUAGAGGUGAAGAAUGGAGUGGUCUUUGUUCAGAUUCCAAAAUUGGCUGAGGCAGAGACUGUGUAA